AUGGCUAAUUUUCUGCCUGGUGGUGCCGAGGAAUUUGACGAUGAAGAUGACUUCUUUAUGGAUGAUGACGAUAUUAAAGAAGUCAAUAGCUUUGACCAACCAAGAUCCAGUCCAAGCAAACAAAAUAUUGCUCCUGAAAACGCUGACAAAUCGAAAAGCAGUAGUCCAUUCCGUGUAAAAUUAACAGUGGAAGACUUGAGAGUGGCAGCCAUCAGAAAUAAUGUUGAAAAGUUAAAACGGUGUUUACAACAAGGAUUUCCAGUAGAUGCAAUUCUCACAUCUGGCUGGUCUGUUCUGAUGUAUGCUGCCAAUUCUUCAAACCCAGAUUCUGUGGCUUUUCUUCUGGAAAAUGGCGCUGAUCCCAACUUUGAAACCAAUAAAUACUCAGUAUUAAUGGCUGCCUGUAGUUCUAACCAGCCUGCUGAUGAAGUGUUUGAAUGUGUUAGAUUGUUGGUAGAAAAGGGAGCACAGAUUAAUGACUAUGAUAGAUAUCAUAUAUCACCCCUAAUAUCAGCUGCUAGAGAAGGACAAGUAGAAGUGGUAAAAUAUCUGUUAGAUAAUGGAGCUACCAUCAAUAAACAAGAUACAAGAGGGUGGAGUGCAUUAUCAUGGGCAACCCAUCGUAACCAAGUAAAAGUGGUGAAGCUAUUACUAAAUGAAGGGUGUAACCAAGAAUUAAAACAUACAGAUGGUUUGAUGCCAGUGGAUCUGGCAAUAGGACAAGAUAACCAAAUAUUAAUAGAUAUAUUAGAAGGAAAGAAACCAAGUGAAAUGCCACAGACAAAAAAUGAAACAAAACCUCAAAUUAAUGGAGGCAAUGACAACACUCACAGUAAUGGUUUUGACAGCGAGAGGAAGUUGGAGAAUGGAUCAGGAGAUCAUUCGAAUUCUAAACCACCGCCUCGAUUAUCUAACGUUCGUGAGAGUGACUAUACAUUCAAUACUUCGCCUAAAGUCUCGUUUAAUUCAAUUCGAGAAGCAAUUGAUCACAGUGACCGUAGUGACUCAAAAGAGCAAGAAUCAAGUGACUCAAAAAUCAAAUCAGACAAUUCUCUACCUUCAUUACAAGUGAAAUUGUCAGAUUUUGUGAAAUUUGGAGAACUAGAGUUAUUUCUUCAAGGUUUAGGACUCAGUGAUUUUGUAGAGUUGUUUCAACAGCAAUAUGUCAAUUUUGAAACUUUUCUCUGUUUGAACGAAGAGGAUCUCAUUAAUAUGGGUAUACAACAGUUGGGAGUUAGAAAGAAGAUAUUAGAAGGAAUUCAGGCCGUACACAAGAGAGAUUGGGAAUCUAGUAGCCUAAUAUCACCACAGUAUAAAACUAACAUCAGUAUAGUUGAUGCUGUUGCCAUGGUUUCGAACCUAUCAAGACAUUUACUGUAUAUCAGUAGUUCGAUAGUUUAUAUCAACGAUCAAAUCAAAAAAAAUCCUCAUCUACUUAUUAAUACUCAGGGGAACAUUGGUGCCAAACAUUUAACUACACAAACAACAGACGCCUUACAGAGAGUUAAUGAUUUGAAAACACACAUAAACACCUUAAAUAAACGCCUGGAAAAGGAGAUGAAGUUAAUUGAUGGUGAAGUACCAGAUGUGAUACAGAAGCGAAAAAAUAAAUCGGGAAGGGCUAGAUAUUUUAAAAUACUCGUUGGUGUGAUAUUGGUACCCACUCUCGGUAUAUUAGUCUGGAAACACGACAAUGUUAGUCAUUUCAUAUCUCAGGGUAUUGACAGAAUUACUUCUAAAUAG